AUCACAAUUUCUCCUCUGCAGUCCCUUUCACUUUUUUAUCUCUGUUAUUUUUUUUUCUUUUUAUUUAAUUUGGGUUUUAUUGGUUUUUAUUUUUGUACAUUCUUUCCAUGAAGCUAUCUGGCAUCGUGUGAUCAAACAAUUUCACAAAAUGAAAGUCUCAAUUGUAUUAGGCAUAUAUUAAAAUGGGUCAUAUACAAUUUGAGUGGAGUCCAGCAACACUUUGCCUUUAUUUUGGUCAAAGUUCAAGCCAAAUCCGAGUUUGGCUUCUUAAUCUUGGUGGGUUCUAGGAAAAAUUAUUAAGUAACUCAGUCAAUCACAUAAUUCAUCCAUGGAUGAAAUUAAGAAAAGAUAUCCAUAUUUAUGGAGUCAGGGGAAUGCUAUGGACUGUCUCUACUGAUAGUCUAGGUAGCUGUUUUCCUUGAAGUUAUUGCAUUGCACAAGUAUUCAUUAACAAACUCUUAUUUCACCUGUAAUUGGGGUCCAGAUUAUUCUGCUUUCAGGCAAAUCUACAAGCAGUUGAUAUGCAUUAUUUUGUUGGGACUUAUUUGUUGCCGUGAAAGGGGGAGGAGUUCAUGAGUUUUUCCUUUAAUGUUAGUUCUUACGUAAAUCUUUAAUGCCUUAGUAAUUAGUUUGUUGAAUGCCCUGGAAAAUCUUGUAAGGAAUCAUUUCAAUUAACUUGUUAUUGCUGUUAAGUUAGGGUAGUUGGUUCUUGUUCUAUUGAUGGCUGACAAAUGAAAUCCUUAAGGGGUGCAAAACUUAAAGGAGUAUCUAUACUUUAAGAUGAGCUGGAACUGUUGAGACUUUGUUUUUGCUAGCUGAAGCAACAAGUUCAGUUGUAGCUUCUUAGUUGGGUGCAAAAGAGUGCCGAAAGAAAGAAUUGAAUCUAGGCUGUCUAAUUUGUUGUCGGAUAAGAAGAUGAAAACUUCUUGAAUUUAAAUGGAGUGCUUCACACUAUUGUAGAUGUGAUCCAAAUAGCCUACAAUGAAGAGAAGUGUUGAAAAUGAAGACCCUUUUGGAAUGGAACUCUUUAUUCAUAUUGCUCUAUCAGUUAAUGGGGUAUGUGGAAGUUUCUUGUAGCCCAAACUAACCUGAUUGUUUCUUUUGAGCCAUUGAAAGAUUUUUGUUUGAGUUUGUUUUGUGAUAAUAUAUAACCAGUAUUUUGGCCUUGCAAUGAAAAAGAGGCCCUAUUAGUCUGACUAGCCUAUUAAAGAUGCAAAGUACAACUUUUAAAGCCAAAGUUCUGAAUAAUCAAUGGAGACUUUAAAAGGAGCUUUCUGAAUCUAAUCUGGAAAUUCUAUUGAUGUGCUGAUGAAAUUAAAGUUCAAGGAUACUCUGUCAAUUAAUAUUCUAAUUAUGCUGGUCUUGAAUGUUAUAGGAAAUUGAAAACUUAAAUGUUGAGAAAUUUUCUCUAAGAAGAUGAAUAUGCUGAUCUACUACAUGCAUUCUUUAUUGUCCAUCCAAUUAUGCUUUUAAUGCUUCCUAUUAGCAUUUCCAGACCUCUUGCUAUCUGUUAAGUUCACUAAUGCUCCUUUCCACUUCUAGCAUAUCUAGAACUAUUAUACGGUUACAUUUUUGAUGCUAUACACACCCCAAUGCAGUCUUAGAGUAUGCAGAACUCUUGCACGAAAUUAUAUUUGUUAAAUAAUUUUUCUGAUCAUUGAUUUCUCCCUCCAUUUCUCAUGCUAUAUCUUCCUAGAGGUUUAUUCAACCUCAACGAUGAAGACAAACUGCGAGUGGGCUUUGUUGGAUUUCUGAUUCCUUGAUGUUCUUGCCCAUCUGCAUGUUUUUGAAGCUAUUUACUGAUUUUGAAUGGAAAUGUGAAUAAAGUUGCGGACGUGAAUAAUAAAUUCAUUCCAUCUCUUUUAAAUUGUCGUUUAGAGCAUGCUGUUUUGGCCAUUAUUCGACGUGUUUAGCAGUAACUUCUCGACUGUUGCAGCUAUUGACACGGCAACACGCAGGUGUUGGAUCAAUACUUUUGCAGUUGCAUGCAGGCUCUCUUCUACACUCUAUAUAAACACUGGUUGCCCACAGUCUCUUUGCAAAUAUAUCCAUCCAUCUUUCCUUUCUUCACUUUUGUUAUUGCUAGACUUCCUUUUCUGCUUACAAAAUUCUUGAAGUUUUCAAUUUAAGAAACUAUUAGAUUCAUAAUGGCGAUGAAUGUUUUUUUCAUUUGCUGACAUGGAGAGUUUUCCUUGCUAUAGUUUCCAGAGUCUUGCUGAAGUUGCUCUCCUGCAAAUAGAAGCAACUUUAAGCAGUGGACAUUCUCAACUGUUGACAACCAUGAAGGAGCUGACAGCAAACUCAACCAAGGAUGCACUUGGUCCUGAGUCCUUGACCAACUUGAUGAUGCCAAGGGAGUGGCUGAAAACCAUGACAAACAAAUUGCAAUUUCAGUUUUCACCUCUCAAUUUUACUCACAUUCCAAACAUUAUUACCCUCUUUUACUCACAUUCCAAACAUUACAUAACCCCUUAAUUAGUUAUAAAAAUUUGGAAUAUAAUAUUUACUAUAACUGACUAGAAUAGUACUUAGCAGUGAAUGUUUGAGCUAAAUAAAACAAAGCUAACAGAGAGAAAUUGCCAAAAGAGCAGAAGAUGCCGAGUUGGUGCUUUCCGAGAGAUGGAAACAGACUGGAAGUAACUCGUCUUUCCAGUCAAUUUCUUUAUAAUUAUGGGAGGCACUAGAAUCUCUGUGCAUGAGAAUAGACAAUCAUGGAAUUACCAUAGUGGGCUUCAGGCUCUAGGCUUUACCUUUUCCUACUACUGAACACUCUCACUAACCACAUAACUCUAGGCACACUGGCGUUAGAGUGUGCUGUGGAGGGAAAGAGACUGGCAAAGAUGGCAUCUAGAGAGGGAGGGCGUUGACUGUUGGCAUUUGGUCAUCAAUGCAUUGGUUUAGCCAUUAUAGAAUGGUUUUCUGUGCAAGGUUUGGCCAUGGGCAGCCAUAUUUAAACCAAAGCUGGCGCCAAGUUUCAAACCUAUGCCUCUCUGUCUCAAGUUCCUCACUGGUCAGUUGGGUAUCCCAAAACCAGCAUCCUCCGGCCACUUGUCACCCUCUUCACGCAAUUGGCACUCUCCUUUCAGACCCCUAUUCUUUCUUCAUGGCCUUUCAUCCCUAUCUCUACUAUCCAACCCCACUGCGUUUCUUGACGCGUUUAUCUUGCUCUUUAACACCUGGGCUGUUUCGACUGGCAGCACCUUGCACUCUCCAUAACCCUUUCUAACCAAUUUUACCUUCACUAGAAAUCAAAACACCUACUUAAACACACACACCCACACAAACACAGGAUUCUCUCUGAUUACUUGCACAGCUCCGAAGACUCAUCAUUCACUCCUCUGCCCAUUUUGAUAAUAUGGAGAACGUUUUUCCCACUUUAUCAAACAACUCAGGCAACACCACCACUACCACAAAUGCUAGCUCAGUAAUGAUGGGUUGUCCUCAGAAUUCCCAGUUCUCCUCUAUAGAUGGACCAUUGAGCUACCCUUCAACACCUUCAAGCUCAUUAACUCAGUCAAACUAUUUUGCACCACAGUACUAUACGACACCGCCUUGUGAAACUACGCAAUUUCCAUUCACAGAUUCUCUAGACCAGCGUAGCCAGUAUACACCAGCUGCAGAUCCUUUCUAUCCUGUCAUGGUUGGCCAAAAUGCAAUUGAAAUGCAAAGAUCGUGCAUUUUGCAGCCUAAUGCGUUGCAAUUAGAGCAAGAAAGGAGAGCUCUAGAUGCAUACAAGACCAAGGUGGCAAGGUGCAUGAGAAAACUUGCACGCCAAAGAAGGCUUGGUAGAGCUUCUUCUGGAGCUAGUUCGACUCGAAUAACGGAUGCAAGUAGAUUGGCUUUGCAUGGUGCUGGUACUGAUGGCCAAAACAGCAGGACCAACACUAGCAAAGAUCUUUUCGAGUUCUUAACACCAGAUAACAAGAAACUGAAAGCGUUGCUUAGGAAGGACUUGAAGAAUAGUGAUGUUGGGUCUCUUGGGAGAAUUGUCCUUCCAAAGAGAGAGGUUGAGGAAAAUCUUCCUCCUCUACAUGAUAAAGAAGGAAUCCUACUUGUGCUCAGAGAUAUAUACUCUAACCAAGAGUGGGGUUUAAAGUUAAAGUUCUGGACUAACAACAAAAGCAGGAUGUAUGUUCUUGAAAAUACAGGAGAAUUCGUUAAGCGACAUGGGCUGGAGACUGGAGAUUCCCUUACACUUUACGAGGAUGAGAGCAAGAAUCUCUAUUUCUCCAUCACAAAGGUGCAGAGACCAGAAUCAGCCCUAGCUCAAACAACACACCCUAAGAGCCACAACUGUAACCACCUGACAGAACAUAUGUGGCAAGAUGGGGAUGAAGAAUAUACAUCUUUAGCAUUACUGACAGAACAACUUGAGAAUAAAGAACAAGAAGAAGCUAACAGCCUUGGAGCUGUGCCUAUGGACUUUUCUUGUUCAUAUACAAACGAACUAGAACUUAACAACAAUCCUUUCAACAACAUUAGUACCUAUACCCAACCAGCAUCUGCAGCUAUGCAAACUUCUCCGCCAAAUGGUAAAAUGAAGGCGGUAGAUGAUUCUCAUGACGUAGAUGACUGCUAUACUGGUCUUGGUAUGCUCCCUGAUGUCCAUAGCUACAAUUUUUCGCUAUGAUCAUUAGAAUAUUAUUAACAACAGCUAUCAAGAUUCAUGACAUAAAAGAAGAUGGGGUUACAGCAGUUUGUCAAAGCAUGGUUGAUGCAACUAAAAGGUUGAGUAAUCAGUUGUUGAUAGUAUACUGAUACAUUCAUUUUUAACAAGGGUAUUGGAUAUUAGAAGUUUCUUUGUUUUUUUUUAGACGAGGAAAAGGAAGAGCAAGAAAAGAAAAGGAGAAGAAAUUUGUAUUCCUUGUAUGUUUGAGGAUUUUUUCUGUAAUAGCGUGCGUUUCAAAAGUAAAUAAUCCUUUUCUAUUGGAAUAAUUUCUCAUUUGUUAG